GCGAUCUCCCGUGUAAGAGUGAGGUGAAGGAGGACAUUCCAGGAGACGUCACCACAGGAAAUUCCUGGAAUUCUGAAGGAAACUUCAUGUUAUCAAUAAAUUAUAAUGAAGAUGAAGAUAUCAUGCAGCGCUCUUCAGGAGAAAACCUUAAUGUACAUCCAGGACUUCAGAGUACAGAUCUAUCAUAUAAUCCCCUUAAUCAUCAAGAACCUUUUCCUGACCAAUCACAGAUUGUUACCACAACUAAAGGUCAGAAAGGGGAUAAAGGGUUUCACUGUGUUAAAGAGUUCACAAAAAGCUCAGGUCUUUCUACAGACAGAAGAUUUCACGCAAGGGAGAAGCCAUACUCCUGUUCAGAAUGUGGGAAAUGUUUUACAGAUAAAUCAAAUCUUGUUAUACAUGAAAGAAGUCACACAGGAGAGAAGCCAUAUUCAUGUUCACUUUGUGGGAAAUGUUUCACACAGAAAUCAAAUCUUGUUAAACACCAGAAAUUUCACACAGGAGAGAAACCAUAUUCGUGCUCAGAAUGUGGCAAAAGUUUUACGCAGAAAUCAGAUCUUGUUACACAUGAGAGAAUUCACACAGGAGAGAAACCAUAUUCAUGUCCAGAAUGUGGGAAAUGUUUUACAGAUAAAUCAUGUCUUGUUACACAUAAGAGAAGUCACACAGGAGAGAAGCCGUAUUCAUGUUCAGAAUGUGGAAAAUGUUUUACAGAAAAAUCUAAUCUUGUUAGACAUGAGAGAAUUCACAGAGGAGAAAAGCCGUAUUCAUGUUCAGAAUGUGGGAAAUGUUUUACAGAUAAAUCAUGUCUUGUUACACAUAGGAGAAGUCACACUGGAGAGAAGCCAUAUUCAUGCUCAGAAUGUGGGAAAUGUUUUACCGAUAAAUCAAAUCUUGUUAGACAUGAGAGAAAUCACACAGGAGAGAAACCGUAUUCAUGUUCACUUUGUGGGAAAUGUUUUACAGAUAAAUCAGAUCUUGCUAGACAUGAGAGAAGUCACACAGGAGAGAAACCAUAUUCAUGUUCAGAAUGUGGGAAAUGUUUUACACGGAAUUCACAUCUUGUUAAACAUGAGAGAAUUCAUAGAGGAGAGAGGCCAUAUUCAUGUUUAAAAACUAGGAAAUGUUUUACAGAAAAGUCACAUCUUGUUACACAUGCGAUAAGUCACACAGGAGAGAAGCCGUAUUAAUGUUUAGAAUGUGGGAAAUAUUUUACAGAUGGAUCUUGUUAGAUAUGCGACAAAUCACAUAGGAAAGAAAACAAAUUCAUGUUUAGAAAGAGGGAAAUGUACAGAUAAAUGUACAGAUCUUUUUUGACAUGACAAGACAUGGCCUGCAACCAAAAAUCCAAGUGUUUUUUUUUUUUGUGACCAUCAUGGUAUAUCACAUUGUCAAUCAUUUUUUUGUAUCUUUAUUGAUUAAUUUUCAUGAGCAAAAUACAAGAAUAAACCAUUUAAUUAUCAACAAUUAGUAAUUAACAAUACAAUACAACCUCCCUACAACAAUUGAG